AGCACCGGUCGACUCCUUCGGAGCUCUGGAGCAUUAGGAAGGAUAUCUUCCAUCCCCAUGGACAACAUGGACCCCAUAGCCAGGCAUUUCGCUGUCGCCUUCCUCUUGUUUGGACUAGCCGGUGUCUCCUCCAGCCAGAAAAACAUCAUCACAUGGUGCACAGUAAGUGAUGCAGAGGAGCAGAAGUGUUUGGAUCUGGCCAGCAAUGCCACCGCCAGGAACCUGCGUGGUAAACUGCAGUGCACCCGAGGACUCAGCCCCACAGACUGCAUGCUUAAAAUCAAGAAUGGAUCAGCAGAUGCAGCGAGCAUGUAUCCCGAUGAGAUAUACACCGCUGGCUUCUGCUACGGCCUCGAACUGGCAGCUGGAGAGUCCUACAACGGAGAAGAUGGCAUCAACUACUAUGUGGUGGCGUUGGCGCGGCGGUCCUCAAGUGACCUGUCUCUGCUGGAGAUGCACGAACGCAGCUCCUGCCACCCGGGCAUCCGCACCACCGUGGGCUGGACCGUGCCCAUCGGCUUCCUCGUUAACACCUCGCAGAUCAGCGUCGACGAGCAGUGCAACUUCCCACAUGCGGUGGGCGAUUUCUUCGGCUACAGCUGUGUGCCGGGGGUGAAGGACGCAGAGCACGACCCCAAGGGCAACAACCCCAAGAACCUGUGCGAGGCCUGCAUAGGGGACGAGAACGACCGCCACAUCUGCGUCAACAACCCCCGCGAACGACACUACGGGGAGGCCGGGGCCCUCAGAUGUGUGGCAGAGAACCUUGGGGAUGUGGCCUUUGUCAAGCACACUACCGUCUUUGACAACAUGCAGGGCAGGAAUCAGGAGUCGUGGGCGAUGGACCUGGAGCUUGAGGACUUGAAGCUGCUGUGUCCAGACGGCAGUGAGGCCUCGCCCUUCGAGCAUCGCCGCUGCCACCUGGCUGUCGUCCCCGGCAACGCCGUCGUGGUGCGCAUGGAGGACAAGUGCAGAGUCUACAAGUUCCUCGAACGCAUGCAGAAUGCGUUUGGCAAUGCGACGCAGGGUUUUUCCCUGUUCAGUUCGGUGGGUUACGGAGCGGCCAACGUGCUCUUCAGCGACUCCACCGUGAAGCUGCUGCGGGUGGUGGGCGGGUACACGUCAUGGAUCGGCCCCACCUACACCACCAUGCUACAGGCAUUCGAAUGUGAGGGACUGUGUUGACUGAUCUAAGAACUCCCAGAAACCUCCUCCAUCCAAUUUCAGCUGCCACCCAACUGCAUCCCAACCAGCCCAACGUCCC